UGUACAUUAAUUUUGUAUUUAAAAAUGUUAAUUGAUCGUAAUUUUUAAUUUUAAAAUUAUCGCAAAAUGUUAGGUUAUAACUUAAUUUAUCAAAAAGUCGAUGUUGCUUUGGAUUUUGAAAACUAUAUUCUGAAAGGUUCAACUCAUUUAAAACUAAAAUCUACCCUUUCUACGACUGAUUCUACCUCAGCGACACCUAACCUAACGGAAUCAAGUGAAUCUAACCAGAACGAUUCAAAAAAGAAUGUGUUACUUAUAAAUUUACCUCUAAUUGGUAACCCAGUAUAUAAACGUGUUUUAUUAAAUGAUGUAGAAGUUAAUCAUUACCUUAUUAAACCGAUAACUAACAGUGUAAACUCCUCUGUGCUUAACAGUUCAAUAAGCUCAGUGGAUUUGAUGAGUUAUGAGGGACUACACUGUUCAGCACAGUCACUAAAUGAUUCUGUGAUGUUUGUUGAAGUUAACUCUCUAAAGGAUGAACUCGAACUGGAUAUCCAGUUUGAUUACUAUGACAUGAAUCCAAUGAAUAGUGAGGUUUAUUUCCAGAACCAUUGGAUUCUUCCCAGAGGAUCUACCAACUACAAAUAUUACAAAAUGUUUCAGACUGACAAAUUUAGCAAGUUUUGGUUUCCCACUUUUAUCAACAGUGACAACUCAGUGUGUACUAAACUGGAAGUUAAUGUAACUGUUCCUAUCCAAUAUAGUGUAGUUUGCGGAUUAAAAUUAAAGGAAGAUGUUGACCAGGGAACUGAUUUAGAACAUAGAAAUGUUAAUAAUCAACAAUUAAAGAAAACAUAUCAGUUCUACUCCGAUGAUGAUCAAACCAAUUCAGAUAAUACUGAUAGUAGUAGUGAUCCUGGUAAUAAGGAUAGUAGUGAUACUAGUGGCAACAAUGUUAAGGAUACUGAUAAAAAGGAUAAGGACACUACCAAUAGUGUUAAGACUGUAGAUAAUAAGGCUAAGGAUAAGGAUAAAAAUAGUAUUAGUCCCAUGGUAAUUAGUAUUUUAAGAAAUAGAUUUAAUAAGUUACCUAUAUUUGUGGGUGAAUUUGACUAUUGUGAUGGAUCUACAGAGGCAACAAUGACUGAAAUAGUAGGCGAUGAGGGUGAAACAGAGGAAGAGUUGGCGCAAUUAUCAAGUCAUUUAUAUGAAUUUAAGCCAGGUUCAAAGUUGGUGUAUGUUACUCUGAGAGGCUUUGGAUACCUUUUACAUCCAACCAACGUGGCAACAAAAUUGUGCCUGGAAACUUACAGAGGGUAUUUUGAACCUCAGCUUGACAUUGAUCAGACUGGACUGUACUUAUUGUUCCUUCCAUUUGGUCAUUUUCCAGAGAAUAUGGAUGUUUCAGCCUGUUUGAGGACCCAGAAUUACCUUGAUUUUAAUCGCUGUAGUGCUUUCACCUCACCAGAAAACUAUUUAUUUUGUUCAUUUACAGACUCACUGACCCAAAAUUACCAUAAUCUAUACUACAACUCUGGGAAUAUUGUUGCCUACUCCCUAGACGUCCUUCACUCAUUUGGUGAUUUAGCACAAGAUCCAAACUGCAUUAACAAGCGUAUUGUGAUAGCCAAUGGCUUAUCAACCUUAUAUACAAGGCCAAUUAAAAGUGCUAGUAAGGAGUUGCACUUAAAUUUAAUGCUCCAGAGUUAUUUGGUAGACCAAUUUGUGAAGCGCAAUUUGGGAAUUAGUGAGUUUAAACUUAGACUCUGGUCUAAACGGGAACUCUUUGCCACACUUGUUGAAUUAAUCGGAGAUUUCUACCCACUUUCAAGUGGUCAGCCAAACUAUUCCUCUAAACCAGCGUCUACUGUAAACGCUGUUAAUGGAGUGGUUAAAAAUAACUCUGACACAGAUCAAUCACAAAAGUCAACGGAUAAGAUGGAAAUGUACGAUAAGGAUAUUAUAACAGAAUAUAUCCUGAUGAGUGAUACCGUGUUUUUAUUAAAGUGCCAACUUAUUCCAAAUGUUUUGGAAAGUAUUGUUAUGAACACUAAUUUCCUUAACGAGACUUUCAUGAUCCACUUUUUCAAUUAUUUUUUGAACAGAUUUCCUGGAACGCAAGUUCCUAGUGGAGGAGAUACCAACCAGCAGAACUUGGAACCCAAUUUUAAUAAGGGAAUUUGGGAGUGGAUAUUGCAGGAAGUGAUUUUGAGAUACGUAAUUUUUUGGAAUAAUAAGCCUCAGAAUAGGUUGAAUAAGGAGAAACAGUUGGACCCAAACAUGACAUUAGAAGAUAUUUUGAAGAAGGGAGUUGAACAUGAUCAGUUGAAUGUGUGCAUGAGUAACUUGCAAAACUUGGUCAGAUCAUUUGUAUAUGGUACAGGGUGUCCUCAGAUAAGUAUGGGAUUAAUCCUACAACUUCAGCGCAAAGGUACAAGCAUGGACCACUUGUCCUUUAGAAUUGAUGUUAACUCACUACAACCGCCACUCGACGUUAAUAAGGAAGGCCAAACUAAGUAUAAUCUUGUGAAUAUAACAUCACAGGGAGCGAAGAAUUUGUUUAAUGUCUACAGUUCACUGCUGAGUUUAACACACUAUUCAGGCUCUUCAAACCAGUUAAAUUCCCUUUUAAACAAUACACAUUUUAAUAACAUCUAUUCAAACCAAUUUCAUGAUGAUUUUGCCAGCCCAGUGAAUGAUUCCGUACUUUUAAAUAACCAGCUUAGUGGCGGAUUGGAAGGUGAAAAGGGGUUAUAUAAAAUGUUAUUGAAGAUAUAUAAUGUGCUACCAACGGGAUUAAGGGAUGACAUCGUGGAUUUUGGCGAUUUGAGGGAUAAUUUGGGCCUGGUCUCGUUUAGUGAAAUAGGGCUGUUGAGGAAGAAAAUGUGUCUUUUCCAAGCAUUUUUUGACUCUGUGGACAUGAUUGGAAGGGAUGGAAACUUUGUUAUGGGUUUUGGUUAUAUAGGAAACUAUCCGUGGACCUUUUGCCUAGGGUAUGGCCCGCUUUGGGACUGUCUUGAAAUGUUGAAAGUAUCGUGUGACAUUAAUAAAAUCAAUGAUUUACUUGUGGAUAAUGGUACAAACUACUGUGGAACUCAUAUUAAAACUAAUUAUAAACUACAGUAUAACCCUGGACAAUUACCCAUCGGAACCUCUGGCGGUAUUCCAUACUGGAAAAUUAUCCUCAUACAACAAUCCCUAAUACAACAACAUCAAAAUGUUAAUCAAUCCAUGUUGUGUUUGUCGGGAGGAUAUGCCAAGAAGUGGAUGUUUUAUUUGGUGAGUGACAUAGUUGAAGAUGACGGAGUACGUGAAAGUGUAAGGUUACUGGGAGAUUUAGUACCAGUUAGCUACAAUGUUAACCCGAGAGCUAAAAGAGGCAGAAAAAAAGUAGCCUUGAAAGGAAUGGCUGAAGACCUGGAAAACGAUAUACAAACUAACCCUAACUUUAAUUCCACACUAGGGAAUAAUUGUUAUCUUGGAAUAUAUAGUGACUGUGACCGUUAUCUGAUAGAGUGGAUGAAGCACUUAUAUAUGGGAUUACAUCCUGAGCUGACUCAGUUGGAUAACAGGUCGAUAGUGGCUAGAAUUUGUUCAAAGAACAGACUCCCACUGCUCUGGAUCAGAGUGGACUCGUCGUUUAGCCUUAUGGCAAGGAUCAGACGUUGUCAGUCUGGAUCAAUGUGGGAACAGCAGUUAUACUCAGAUAAUAAUAUUUACUCCUUGAUUGAGGCGUCACAGGCUUUGGGAAGCAUUGGAAAAUCGGAGUAUAUUUCAGAUAACCCGUUGAUUGAGUCGGCAUGUAAGAGACUCGAUAACAUGAUUAAGAAACAUAAAUCACACCCAAUAAUCAGAGCUAGGUGUGUUUACUCCCUGAUGUGUCUGUACAACAGAGACCCCAGACAACAUAAGUACUUGUAUGGAGUCUUCACGAAGUAUUUGAGCAGCUUUUCUAAUUUAGCCACUCACCCAACUGAGACGAGGUUUAUUAUGGAGUACUACAAGGCGCUUUGUCUGCUGAGAAAUGAGUUUGGAUUUACACCUGAGUUCGUGAUUGAUAUUCUGUCCAAUACGAUAGAGAAUUUAUCAGGCCCAGAUAUGCUCAUUCAAGGCGGAAAUCUGAUUGAGUGUGCGUCAUACCUGAGUUUGCCAACUGAUUCAUCGCAUCACACAAUGAAAAGAAACAGUGUUUAUAAUCUCUGGGAACUGCUUUGGCACCUGUUUAGACUAGAUGGAAUCCCAGGUAGCUGUUCUUUUGGAAGGCUUUUGACUAGCAAAUUGCUGGUAUGUAUAUCAAGACAGGUGUUAUUUUUAACAUUUUGUGAGGCCAAGUUUAGAAAUGAGAAGGAUUUAGGAUUUGAAUUUGACCCUAUACUCUUCAUUCCACUGUUUCAAAACGCGCUACACAAAGUUCGCUCAGCAUUUGACCUCUCACAAACUUAUAAUUCAAAACCAGUACAACGUUCAGCAAUUCGUCUGUCACUUCACUUAUUGUUACAGUGUUCGUAUUCAUUUAAAUAUACUCACUCUGAUAAAUCUACCACCUCCGAUAAUAACACAGAGGAGGUGGAUCAGGACGAGGACCCGUUGUAUACCAUAUUAUUGAAUGAAGCUGUAAAGGAGCGCAAAUUGGUGGGUAGAUUGGAGAAGGUUGAUGUUGACACUAGAACAAUGAUGUUGAGGAAUAAUUUAGGGUUAUUGGACGCAGUAAAAUGUGCAUGUUUCCUGUUUUACGUGGUACGAGAUUUUGAGGUAAAGCAUGAUGUUUGGGAGAUUUUCUACAGAGUUGUGUUUGAUACAUGCCUAUCAAAGCCGAUAAUUUUCAUGGAUCUAUCAGAAAAAGUGCUUGAGGAGUCUAGGAAAUACUUGUUACUCAUACUGAAAAAAGCUUCAGUUUCUAAACAGCCAUUUUACCUUUACCUGUUCCCCAAAAUACAUAAACUCUACUACACUCUCUUUGGAUUUGGAACUAUCCUUCCAAAUGAUCCCAAACCUGACCAGAAUCUCAUUAACCAUCGAUUAUAUCGAUUAUCCAGUGGAUUAAGUAUGCCUAAGAUAGCAUCGUUCAGAAGAGCAUAUGGAGAAGGUGAGUUAGGAUCAGGAGUGGAGUGGGAGAAUGUGGCAUUGGAGGCUAUUAGAGCACUGAAGGAGCUCCCUCAAGCUCAUUGGUUUCUUAAGGACCCGGAAAAAUCAUUCAGAGGAUAUAAGACCAUCAUUAAAAACCCAAUUUGGUUAAAUAAAAUCGAGCAAAAGGCAGUAGGAAAAAUAUACAAAAUACCAAUGCAGUUUAAAGCUGAUAUGGCACUCCUGUUUAAAAACGCCAAAAUGUUCAAUAAGGUGGAUACGCUACCAUAUAAAGAUGUCGUUCUCCUGGAAGAACAGUUUGAUUCAAUGUGGCCAUGCAUAGUAAAGGCAUUUCAAAAAUCAGCUAAACUAAAUUCUUGA